AGCUGUUUCCCGCGUUUUUGAACUAGUCGUGGGUCACACUGCGACAUUUUGCAAACCCGCAAAAAGUGCAAACAAAACGAAAGAAACGCGCAAAAUGCAGCACACUACGGCUAACUAGGAGCCGCCACAGCAACCACAACAAUACCCAUAACCAAAGCAGCCGCAGCAAUCAGAAAAAAAGGAUCGCCCACGAUUGCUAUUCAAUUUGCGUGAUAGUUUUUGUUGCUUUUGCUGCUGGACGCGGAAAGAUGUUCAUCCAAGAUCUCAAGAAUGACUUCUACAGGCACUUAGUGGGCAAGCGCAUCCUCAUCAUCGUCAACUACGACAUUGACGCCAUCUGCGCAAGCAAGAUCCUGCAGGCUCUCUUCCAGUAUGACCACAUGCUCUACACGGUGGUUCCCAUCAUGGGCAUCACGGGUCUACGGCGUGCCUAUGGCGAGCACCAAGGCGACGUCAAGUACGUGCUUCUGGUCAACUGCGGCGGCUGCGUGGACAUCGUUGAGCUGCUGCAGCCGGCGGAAGAUGUCACCUUUUUUAUUUGCGAUGCCCAUCGGCCGCUUGACGUCUGCAACAUAUAUAGCGAUCGACAGGUAUGCAUUCUGGGCGAUGCCGCUCUGGAGGAGAACAUUCCCGCAUUCGAAACCAUUUUUCACGACUCUGACGAGGAGGAUGACGACCAGGACCAGUCCGACGAGGAGGACGAGGAGGAGGUACACAACGACAGCGGUGCUGGCGACUCGGACGGAGAUGAGGACAGUGCGCAGCGCCCCGCAGUGCGGCCCAAGCUAACCCGCCUGGAGCGGCACGAGCAGCGCAUCCUUCGACAGCGCGCCCGCCGCCAGUGGGAGUCGGAGCGCGACCGAAUCAUGUUCGAGUACACGCAGUUCAGCUACUAUGGUCGGUCCACGGCUUUGCUGAUCUUCGAGCUGGCCUGGAAGCUGUCCAAGGACAACAUGGACCUGCUCUGGUGGGCCAUUGUGGGCAUCAGCGAGCAGCUGCUGCUGGGCAAGAUCGAGAGUGGGGCCUACACCCUAGAGCUGGAACAGAUCCAGUCGCACGUCUCCCGCCUCACGAACAAGACCAACGACCAGAACACAAUGAGCGCUUCCAAGAUCAGCUUCGAGAACGACCUGCAUCUGGUGCUGUACCGGCACUGGCCGGUGACCGACUCCAUGAGGUACUCCCGCUACGCUUCCUGCCAGCUGAAGCUGUGGACGCUCCGCGGUGAGAAACGUCUUCACGAGCUGCUCCUGGAGAUGGGUCUGCCGCUGGUGCAUGCGCGGCAGACAUACAGCUCCAUGGACCUGGUGCUGCGCAAGGAGUUUUACUCAAUGGUGGAGCGGCUGGCCGAGAAAUACGACAUCCCCGACAUCGUCUAUGGUACUUUCACUCUAAGCUAUGGCUACCGAAGCCGCUACGCGGCCGCUGACUACGUCUACGCCCUGCUGGCCAUCAUGGAGUCGGUGAAGAAGCACAAAACGCCCGAGGACUGCUUCAUGGAGGCCUCCGACGCCCUGAACCGACAGCACAAGCAGCUCCUCGGGGCGGGCAUCGACAAUGCCAAGCUGCUGCACGCGGCCAUCUUCAGGCAGGUGCAGAGCAGCCUGGAGGCCCGCCAGGUGCACUCGGCCGGCUCCUUCUUCUACUAUGUGCUGCAGGAGGAGCAUGCCUUCUUCUCCUAUCCGUACGCCCUGGGCUUGCUGGCGAAGUUCAUACUUCGUGGCCAUGUGGCCACCAGCAGGGCACGCGCUGCCCCGGACCUACCGCUGAUCGCCACCUGCCCGCUCGAUGCCACUCAGGGCAUGUGCCUGCUAGUGGGCAUUGCCCCCGUUCGCGAAGACUCGCCCAAGAACUUCUUUGGCAAGGCCUUCGAACAGGCAGCCCAGAAGAGUAAGACAACCCUGCUGCAGGACUUUUUCGAGCCUUCGGUUGUCCAGCUCCGGCAAAGCGACCUCACUCGCUUCCUUGACGCCCUCACCGUGCUGCUCACUUAGUCCAAGGGUACUCCUAUCCGCCACAGAGAACUCAUGCACCUGCUCCUCAAUCAUCAGUUUAGCGCAUAAGUUAGCCAUAGAUCGAAUAGUAACCAUAGCCUAAUUUAUAAUCGACAUCAUCUAUAUUAGGGAAAGCUAGCUAUUUUUUUUUAUUUGUGUCAAUCGCACCUAGAAUAUAUAUUUGUAGUUGUUUAAUGUCUGUUCACCAUGAAAGUAGCUGUGCUUCCUGUCUC